AUGGAUUCAAAUGAUUAUAUUAACAUCCUUGCUGGACACUUUAUACCAUGGGUUAAUAAUUACCCUAAUUCUAUUUUUCAGCAAGACAAAGCUCCAUGUCAUACAUCAAAUUAUAGUGUUUGGUGGAUGAAAAUACAUGACAUUCUGAUUUUAGAUUGGGCAGUGCAAAAGGAACAGAGGAAAAUCAGCAUAGAAAUGCUACAUCAUUUAAUUUUAAGCUUACCAGAUUGUGUCAAAGCAGUAAUUAAGGCUAAAGACAAAGAUGACACUUUGAAGGGGAGAGAGUUGAAAAGGUAUAAAGUCGAUUCUGUAGACGGAUAUGUUUAUGUUACGGAGGAACCUGAUCCUGAAAAAUCUGAUUCCAAGAAACCUGAUUCCAAGGAACCACCUGUAUACUAUUAUGUUUUGACUAAUAAUAAAUCUGUAUAUUUUCGUGUGCUUGUAUUGGAAGAGGGGGACAAUGGCAGUGGGUGUUGUUGGUGUUGGAAAUCAUUAUUAUUAUUAUUUAAAAACAAGGAGGAAGAACGCAUUAAAAGGCAAAUCAAGAAAGCGAUACGUAAACUUAAAAAGGAAGGCAAAAAUUGCGUGAAACAUUAUUGUGAAGGAGUCAAACAAGAAGAAGAUGAAUUUAUUCUAAAAAUGGAUCAGGAACUAAAAAAAAAGGAAAUGAAUAAGCUUAUUACAAAUGUCCUAAAAGAAAAUAACAUUCCUGUAAAAGAGGAAAUGAAUAAGCCUAUUACAAAUGUCCUAAAAAAAAAUAACAUUCCUGUAAAAGAGGAAAAAGAUGACGGCAUAAUUAACGAAAAGGAUAAUGUCAUAAUUAACGAAAAGGAUGAU